AUGGACAAUCUAAUACAGUGUUUGGGCAGAUGUAAAUGUGAGAAAGAGAGAGAAAACGAGUGCACGCGCGAGAGGGGGAGAAGCAAGAUGAACAACGUGGCGAACGAAACGGAAACACGGAUAUGCAUUCUACCGGAAGACCUGGAGGUUCUCGAGGACCCUCGAACGCCGUCGUUGAGAAGGAUCAGCUACGGCAUUAUCCUGCCUGCUAUCUGUUGCUUGGGAAUCAUUGGGAAUAUCCUGAAUCUGGUCGUCCUCACGCGACGCAAUAUGAGAGGAACAGCGUACAUCUAUAUGAGGGGAUACUCGGCAGCGGCUCUUCUCGCGAUAUUCUUCUGCAUACCGUUCGCCCUGAGAGUCCUUAUUCACAAAGAAACAGGACGGUGGAGCAAUUGGCUCCAGGCCUUUUACCAUACUCAUCUCGAACUGUUUCUCGGGAACGGUUGCUUGGGGGUCGGAGUGAUGAUGUUGCUGGCGCUAACCGUGGAGCGUUACGUUAGCGUUUGCCAUCCUGGUCAACACACACGGCCGCUCUGUGGUCCUCCGCAUCUAACGGUGGUCCUCAUCCCCCUGGCUACCUUUCUAGUUUAUCUGCCGAGUGCGUUUCGGGGCGAAAUUACGACUUGCCUGCUCGCACCUGGAGGCUCGGUGAUUUAUCAGAAGAGGGAGAACCAGUCGUUUCUCGACUCGAUGUUCUAUCAAGUGUACAAGGUGGCACUGGAGAUAGUUUUCAAAGUGGCGCCGACGAUCCUUCUCGCCGGCUUCAAUCUGCGUAUAAUGAUAGUCUACAGAAGGUCGUGCGACCGUCGACGGCGGAUGACGCUGUCCAGGACCGUCAGCAGCGACGAAGACCCCAGAACGUACGCGGAGGAACGGAGGCUGGUCCUUCUCCUGAGCAGCACCAGCAUCCUCUUCCUCGUUUGCGUCAGUCCGAUGGUGAUCCUGAACGUCACCCUCAGACAGAGCAUUCUCAGUCACUAUCCUUACCAGGUGUUUCGCGCCAUGGCGAACUUGCUAGAGGUGAUCAAUUACUCGAUGACGUUCUACAUCUACUAUCUGUUCUCGGAGGAUUUCCGGAGCACGUUGCUCCGGACUCUGCAGUGGCCCUGGGGAAACAGCGGCCGUGGCGGAAGAGGGCUGCCGAUGAAGCGUUCCCCGCUUCCAAGGCCGACCACCACGAUCACCACGACCACGACUACACCGCCGACCACUGCCCUCGCCACCCCGGGCCACUUCACGCGUGCCAGCGUCUAG